AUGUCAACAAAACCUAUUGGAAUAGCUUUCAAACCUCGAGAGCCGUACACUAAUAGAAUCAAAAGAAUUCUUGAAGAUUAUCCAGAUGGUUCCCAAAUUCUCAGAGAAAUUCUUCAGAAUUCUGAUGAUGCUAAAAGCACUGAACAAAUAUUUAUUCUCGACUAUAAUAAUUAUCCGUCGACUCGAUUAUUUGAGCCUUUAUUGUCUAACUGUAAAACAAAAAAUUUAAAACUUGAACGUUAUCAAGGACCUGCUUUGCUAUCAAAAAAUGAUACUAUUUUUGAUGAAAGAGAUUUUUCCUCUUUAUUGAAGUUGGCUGAUAGUGAAAAGCGUGAUCAAUUUGACAAAAUUGGAGUUAUGGGUGUUGGCUUCAAUUCAAUUUAUCAUAUAACCGAUUCUCCUUCAUUUAUUACUGAUAAGAAGUAUGUGAUUCUUGACCCACAUGAAUAUUAUUUCGAAGGCGGGCGUGUUUAUGAUUUCGUUGAAGAUGAUUUGCAAAAUUUUUAUAACGAUCAAAUUUUGCCAUUCUCAAAGCCCUUUGGCAACAUUGAAUUCAACAAACCAUUCAAUGGAACAAUUUUUCGUUAUCCACUAAGAACUGAGCAAGAUGCUGUUGAUUCUAAUAUUUCUAAAAUAAGCUAUAGUCCAAAGAAAAUAUUGAAAAUGUUUGAAAAUUUUUAUCAAAAAGAAAGUGUCAAUUGUUUACUUUUCUUGAAAUACAUCGAAACCAUUUCUUUCUAUGAAUUUAAAAAAGGUGCUGUGAAACCUGACUUGUUAUACAAAAUCGAGUUAAAAAAUGCUGAUGAAGUUAGAAGUCAACGUCGAUUAGUUGUCGAACAAAUCAUCAAACAAAUGAAAAUUUUUCAAGAUCAUAAGCAACGAGUUGACACCAGUAUUUCGAAACCAGCAUACAUUGCCGAAUUUAGUAAAUGUGUUAACAAAAAGGGUAGCAAGCCAAAAAUUCAAAAAUGGUUGAUUCUAAAUUACCUAGAUAAUCUUUAUAAAGCAGAAAAAUAUUUCACGGAGCGAUUUCAAAGAAACAUUGGAGAAUACAAAUUUGUUCCAAAUGUCGGAUUGGCUGUUUGUUUAGAUGAUCAGCAAGCACUUGGUCGAUUAUUUUGUUUUCUGCCACUCCCUAUUGACAUGCCUUUUAGGGUUUCUGUUCAUGGGUAUUUUGCGGUUAGCACAAAUCGUCGUUCUUUACCUGCUGAUAAUGAAGAUCUGGCUGUAGGUUCAUUGGCUCGUCUUAAAGUUGGUUGGAAUCAAUAUUUAUUUAAUGAAGUAUUGCCAUCUGCAUGGGUAGAAUUGUUAUAUCAACUAUGUUCUUCUCAUGUGAUCUAUAACAAUUCCGAAGAAUUUUAUUCACUUUGGCCAUUAUUUUCAUCAGAAAAAUCCAGUGUCGAUAAAUUUUGUAAAGAUAUUUUAUUAAAUGUUGUGGAAAAUAUUAAAGUUGAAGACAAAGUUUUUUUUAGUCCCUCUAAAACCUUUGAUUUCAAUUCAACAUCAUCAAUAUCGUCACAUGAUAGAAAUUUUUGUUGGUUAUCGAUUUCUGACGGUUACUUUGCAGACGAAUCACAAACACAGGAUCAAGGUAUAUUCGAAAUUUUGGCAGAUCUAGGAUUUCUUGUGAUCAAAGUUCCUAGUGACAUAUUGACUGUGUUGAAAGAAUCUAAAAAUGGAUCUUCGAUUAAAUUCUAUUCACCCAAGAUUGUAAAGCUUUUCUUCCAUGAAAGGAAAUAUUUGCUGAAUGAUCUUCCAAGAGAUGAAAUUCUCAUCAUAUUUAAUUAUAUUUUGGAUGAUGAUGAUUCAGAUUAUUUAGAUGGAUUAAAAAUGAUUCCGUUAUCUGAUGGAUCAUUAGGUACAAUUUCAACGGCAUCAUCAAAUCAAGGGGAUGAGGAUUAUUAUUAUAUUGGUCCUGACAAUGAUCAAGAAAUGCUUGAAUAUGAUGAGAGAAAGGUUUUUAAAAACCAUUUAGCAAAAUUCAUUGAUAAAGGAAUUUCAUCAGAAUUAUGGAAUAAAUUGUACAACAAUGCAGAAACGAAUCAUCAUGGAAUCAGCAAUAUUAAAAUUUUGAAUGAAAGUGUAGUUGCUAAAAUGAUCGAGUCAAACUUGGUUAAUUCUGUUAAUUAUAGUGAAAAAUACGAUGAGAUAAAAAUGCAUAAAAAUGAUAAUGAUCAACGCGAAUGGAUUUAUCAGUUGUGGGGGAACUUAUUGUAUAGAGAAAUGUUUGAAUUUAAACAUUUUGAAAAUCUUCAUAUUUUACCAACUAAUGAUGAUAAUAUUAAUAUUACUUUGAGAAAAUUAAAAACUAUUCAAAAAUGUUUUUGUUAUAGUGGUAGGAAAACCGAAUCAUCUGAAGAAAUAAUUAUCAUUCUUAAAUCGUUUGGACUUGUUUUUGUUGAAAAAGAAUUCAAUGAAAAUUUUGCACCAAAAGAAACCAGAUUAAAAAAAUACGUAUUCAACACCACAGAUGUAGUAGCAGUAUUAAAGUCAUUGAAAUCCAAUAGACAAUAUCCAAACAAUUUAUUACCACAUCAAUUAAAUAAACAAAAUUCUCUUUUAUUUUCAAAUUAUUUAGCAAAAUAUUUGAAAAAAUAUACUGGACUAGAUCAGUUAUUGCUAGAACCUAAAAAUUAUAUUAUCGAAGUUUUAAAAUAUCUUCCUAUAUAUAGCGAGGUAGACGAAAAUGACAAAUUGAUUAAUUUGAUUGGAACUAAUAAACAAUGGUUUCUUCUACCAACAGAAGAUGAACAAUCUUAUGGAAAAAUUAUUGUGCCAAAAAAUAAAGAUGUAUUUUUACAUGUUGGAACUGAUAGUAGUGACAGUUACAGAUAUCUGCUUGAAGAUGUAAUCAAAAUUCCACGUCUACAGCAUGUAAGAUAUUGGAAGGAAUUUGUUUUACCAUAUUUGGAAAAAUAUAAUUUUGAUGAAAUUAAAUUAGUUAUCAAAAGACUUUUUGAAGUAUCACCUGUACUUAUGACAAAUGAUAGUGAGUUUAAAGAGCAAUUAUCAGAGACUAAAUUUGUACCUAGUGGAUCGAUAUUGAUGGUCCAAGGAAAAGCAGCAGGUGAUGAUAAAAUUGUAUUAUCUAAACCGAAGGAACUUUAUGAUCCAGAGCUUCUAGAAUUCUUCUUUGAUGAUGAAAAACUUAAUGGUUUUCUUUAUGAAUUGGGAUUAAAACGUUCAUUAUCAAUUAAUGACAUAUCUGAUCGAAUAAAAUCUUACUAUGGUCAUAGAAAAAAUGCUGAUAAUGAGAAAUUGGAAAUUAUACACAAAAAAUCUUUAAGUUUUCUGAAACAUAUUGACAGGAUAUGGGGAAAAAAAAAGACUCAUGAACAUAAAAAUAGACCUGAAAAGUCACUUCUUAGUAAUAUUGCAGAACUUGAAUGGAUUCCCACAAUUAAUAGUAAAGGAGAGAAAUUUUUUUCGAGAGCUAAAGGUUGUCGACCGUUAGAUGACAAAGAAUUAGUGGGACUUGUAAUGCCAAUUGUUGAAUAUAUUCUUGAGAAUAGAUCACUAAAAGAAAUUUUUGGUUGGAAUAAUUAUGUUCAUAUUGAAAAUGUGAUCAGGCAAAUGCAAGCUUGUUCGACAUUAACAUCAGGAAAUAAAUUUUAUCAUAAUAGAUCAAGUAUUUGUAAGAGUGUUUAUAAAUAUAUCGAUGAUGCAAGGCAGGGGACUGAUGAACAAUCUCGGAAGGAACUACGGAUGCUUAAAAAUGGGUUUAAGGGAAUACCCUUGAUUUUUUGGGAAGAUCGAUUCUACAGACCAGACCAAGUAGUCUUAAAAUUGCCAAAAAAUUUACAAAAUCGUGAUUCUCUAAUUAUUCAACUUCCAAUGGAGUAUAAGAAUGAAUUUAAGGAAAUGUUUAUAGAAAUGGGUAUUCGUGAAAAUGUUGAACUUUCUGACUUCAUUAAUGCUAUAAAAAGCAUUAAUAAAGCAAAUAAUAAUUGUACAUUACCUUCAAAUCUGCUUGACAAUGUGAUGGAAUUGCUUGAACAAAUAUCUGCUUUAUUGUCAAGUGAUAGUAGGUACAAAUCAAAUAAUGAUAUAAAUUUAUUAGAUGGUUUAUUGAUUCCAAAUACAAAUAUCAAACUUGUUGAUAUCAAUGUCGUUCAGUUUGAUAAUAUGCCUGAAGCUGAUAAAGACAAUGAUAAAAGUGCACAUCCAAGAAUCUCAUUAGAUAUGGCAAAAAAAUUAAGAUUAAAAAUGCUCAAUGAAGUUUUCAUCGAAUCAGUCAAUCUUCCUUUUAAAUCAUUUGAACAAAGUGAGCCUUUAACAGUUAGAUUAAAAAAUAUUAUUGAGAGUUACCCGAUAAACCUUUUAUUUAAAGAGUUUUUACAGAAUGCUGAUGAUGCAAAAGCAACUGAAUUUUGUGUUUUUGUGGAUGAUCGUGAUUUCAGGUCAGUGAAUCCUGGAAAUAAUCCAAAACUAAUAUCACCAGAAAUGCACGAUUGGCAAGGUCCUGCUCUUUGGAUUUAUAAUAAUGCGAAAUUUACAAAGGAAGAUUUUCAAUCAUUUUUAGAGCUUGGUGUUGGUGGUAAAAAAAAGGAUUAUAGUAAAAUAGGACGAUUUGGCCUUGGAUUCAAUUGUGCAUAUCAUAUUACAGAUUGUCCAAGUUUUGUCAGUGGUAAAUAUAUCGCCUUUUUAGAUCCACAUUCUAAAUUCCUACCAGCUAUAGGCCAUCCACCAACACGUCAGCGUGGAAAUAUAUUAAAGUUUCUUGAAAAAAGCUUCGGCACUCAUUUCCAAGAUCAAUUACUACCAUAUAAAGGAAUUAAAAAUUGUGAUUUUACAAAAGAAUUUGAUGGAACUUUGUUCAGACUCCCGUUUAGAACACAAAGAUUAGCUGAUAUGAGUAAAAUAUCAAAUAAAGUGGAAGGACCUGAUUCAAUAGUUGAAUUAUUAUCUAAAAUUGAAGGAAGCCGAGAAAUGAUUUUUUUAAAAAACAUUAAAUCUUUUAGUGUGCAUAGAAUUACAGACGAUGAUGACGAUGUUGAUAAUCCAAUUUUGAUCUGGAAAGCAAAUAUACGUCUUCCCAUUGAUUUGGGAUCUAUUCGAAGUACCUUUAUCAAUAUUAAUCAUGCAAGACCUUUUGAACUAUGUAUAGAAAUAGAGAGUAAUGUUUAUGAAUGUGAAGAUACUGUGAUAAGCUCUGAAAAAUGGUUAAUUUGCAACGGCGAAGAACAAAAGACAUUGGAUAUGGAUUUACAAAAUCUUUCAACCAGUGAAGGCUUGAAACCUAGAGGUGGUGUUGCGAUUUUUUGGGCUCAAGCAUACGAACCAUUAGAUAAAAUGCAUAACGGUAUUCAUUUGGGACCACCGAAACUCGAAGGAGAUAUUUACGUAUAUUUGCCACUUCCAAUUAAGACAAAUUUGAAUGUGCACUUAAAUGGUGAAUUUUUAGUGUCUAAUGAUCGAAGUAGUAUUCUACAAUUUGAUAAUAAUAAAUCGACACAAUCUGGAGAUUCAGAAGAAAAAAUUCAUAGAUGGAAUCAACACAUUUUACAAGAAAUAUUACCUACUUUACAUGUUAAAUUAUUAGAAGAUAUUGCAAAAAGAGAUCAUAAAAGAUUCAUAGAACUCAAGGGUGAUACAAGUAAUUUUAAUGCCUAUACUACCACACAUUUUUGGCCUGUUAUUAAUAAUGAUGCUAAUUUUAGAAUAGACACAAUAUACAAACAAUAUGGUUUAAAAGUAUUACGAAAAUUAAUUGCAAAAAAUAGUAAAAUUUUUUGGACAGAAGCAAAUGGUGGCAAAUUUGUCAGCGCUGCAGAAGCAUUACUUUUCGACGAUAAAGAAGAUAUUGAUAUACAUCUUUUUACACAAACAGGGACUCCAGUUGUUAAAUUGGAAGAGAAAAAGUUGAAACAUUUUACAAUGAGAUUUGGAAUGAAAUUUGAUCACCAGCUUUUUGACGCAGAUAUGGUUUGCGAUUUGUUGAAACAUGUAGACAAAAAUCUAUUAGAUCAUCAAAAGAUAUUCAAAUUUUUAAAUUUCAUCCUUAUUACGAAGGCAAAAUCAUAUGAAAAAUUAUUGAAAUUACCUUUGGUUCCGUUAUGUAAUGACGAUGUGGGUGACUUUGGAGAAAGUUCAUAUUUUAUCGAUCAAAAUGAAGAAUGUAAAUAUUUAUUCCCAAGCGCGUAUUCCAAUUCAAAAUUCAUUUGUAGUAACUUACCAAGUAAACUCAAAAAGAUUUUUCUUGAAGCGGAAUUCUCAAAAACAUUGAAAAUUAAUGAAGUAGAUGCAAAUGCGAUUUUAGAUCUUAUAGGCUAUGAAUUGCCUGGUAGAGAUUUUUGCUGGGAUCCGGAAUCUGAUUCCAUACCAAAUCGUACAUGGCUUGACUGUAUAUGGAAAAAAUUAAUGUUUACCGAUUAUGAUUAUUCAAAAUUGAAAUCAUAUCCUCUACUCCCAAUGACCCAUCCAAGCCGCCAACUUGUCUUACCAAAUACUGAAUAUCCAUUAUUAUUAAUAGAUAAGGAAGAAUAUUUGGUCUUUAAAGUUCUGACGAAAUUAAAAGUUCGUUUUACUGACAUGGCUUUCUCUAAAUUUGCAAAGCCAAAUCUUCAAAAUUUCGUUGUUGAAUGGAACUUUACAAAUGUUCUUAAAGCGAUUGAAAAUGUAGCCAAUAUAUCUCAUUUAGGAGUUAAAGGAUUAUUUACACAAGCUGAUUUGACUGACGAAGACAUAAAAGUGAUAAGAUUAUUUGUCAAAGAACAUUUUAAUUUAUAUGGAAAAUCAACAAAAAAAGAAAGAACCUUUAAACCUAUCCUUGACCAAUUGCAAAUUUGGCCAGUGCAUUCAUCAAUUAAACACAAUUAUGUUGCGGUUGUGGAUGGUUUAUUAUUACCAAAAACUUUUCAAAAUGUUUCUUUCCAGGUUGACACUAAUUAUUUUUUGACAGAAAGUGACCAUGAAUAUAGCAUUUUAGUUGAAUUGGGUGCCAAGGUUGUUGAUUCCUACGAUUUUUUGACGCAAGAUUUAUUACCAUGCAUUCCAGACAUACCAGAUCAAGAUUGUGUUCAAUUGUUAAUAAAUGUUUUAUUGUUAAAUGACCCAAGGAUCGAAGAUUAUUUCAGAUAUAAACAAUCAGGAAUUCCGAACAAGACAUUAUCCGAAUAUCGUAAAGCAAAUGAAUUGUAUAACGAGAAUGUGCCAUUAUUUAGGUCAAUUUUUAGAGAAUCAAACAGAUUUUUACCUGAUGAAUUGCAAAAUCAUCCGCAAUGUUUGAACGUUUUAAGAAAAAUGGAUUUUAGAAAUAGUGUUAAUGGUGAAUCGUUAGUAGAGUGUGCUGAGGAAAUCCUUAGAAAUAUCCAAUAUGAAGACACUCCAUUUAAUGUUGUUAAACAAAAGGCUGAAGAUCUUUUAAAAUAUUUUUAUCACAAUACAGAUUUACUAAGAAGGGAUCAACUCAAUCGUUUUUUAAAUAUUAAAUUUGUUCCAGUAGCAAAAAACCUAGAUUUUCCAUAUAAAGAAACUGUAAAAAGUGAUAUAUAUUAUGAAUCACUCAAUUCUAUAUGUUUUCAAAGACAUCGUGAUUUAUGUUGGACCCAAGUUUGUCUGAUUGAUCCAAUUAUUGAACCACCGAGCUCAUUUUCUAUUUCUAAAUUAGGUUUCCCAAAAUUCCGACAAAUAUUUAAUCAUUUAUGUCAUUUGUCAUUAAAGUCACGGGAAGAUAACAAAGAUUGGAUAUCACAAUAUGCGGAUAAACAUAUAUUAAAAUCUAUAAAGGAAAUAUAUACCUAUUUAAAUGAUUGUUUAGAAACUAUAAGUGAAGACGAACUUCAAGAAACUUUUCAAACAGAUGAGCCUGUAUUUUUAAAUAGCGAGAAUCCCUUUACAAAUAGUUGGAAAAGUGGUAAUCAACUUGUAUUUGGCAUUCGAGAGGACAUCAAUAACAAUUUAUGCAAAGUUAAACCAAAUCUGGAACCAUAUAAAAGAUUGUUAAAGGCUUCUGGUGCAAAAGAAUUGAAUGAUAUCGAGCCUGAUGUAAAAGUUGGUGAAUAUUCUCAACGAGAAAAGUUAUUAAAUGGGUUAUUUGAUAGUUUAGCUGGACAUCCGGAUACUCAUCAUCAUGAUGUAAUAUUUAAAGUUGGAGAUGAAGAAACUAAUAAAAUGGAAGAAAUUGGUGCAAAUAGAUAUGUUUUAUCUGCUGCGUCUGAUCACUUCAAAAGUAUGUUUUGUGGCGGCUCAAAAGAAUCAAUCGAGUUCCAAAAGGUUUAUGUUGAAUUGACGGAUAUAAAACCUGAAGGGUUUAAAAUACUUUUAAGAUGGUUGUAUGGACAAUCAUUAGAUAAAUUGAUCGACGAGCUUGCGAAAAAAAAGACAGAAGUUGAUGAUUAUGAAAGUUAUUACUUGAAAUUAUUACUUGGAAUUUUAAAAUAUUCUGAUAUGUAUUUUAUUGAUGCGUUAAAAGAAAGGUUAGAAAAAAAGAUUUUAACUGGUCAUUAUAUUGAGCCCAAUAAUGUUAUAGAAAUCAAGCAAUGGGCAGAAUAUUACAGGGCAAAUCAAUUGGUUAAAGGAUGCAAUCAAUAUAUUAUGAAAAAUGAAGAAUUGAUUACGAUGCAAAGAAACAAUGAUAUUGGAGAUGCUGAUGAAAGCAAAAAACCGAGCCUUGAAAUUUUUAUUGAAUAUGAAGAGAUUGAAAUAUAUCUUGAGAUAGAUAAUAAAAUAAUGGUGGAAAGAGAAGUAAUUAGAAUUUCCAAUAUUAUAUUGAAUAUUUGGGUUAAUUCAAUACAAAACGGGGUUUCAAUAAUUAAUAAUUAUAAUGAUAGUGGCGAUGAAGCGGAUAUUAAAACAUGA